AUGAACUCUCUCCUGCGGCCGCCGCUGCCGGGGCCGACGCCGAUCCUGAGCGCGAGGCGCCGGGUCUCGCCGCCGCCAGCGCCGGUGCGGGUCGGCUCGGCGGCGCUGGUCGGCGGCGGGCGCAGAUGCCGGCGGGGGCUGGCAGUGGCGGCGUCGGCGGCUCCGUCGUGGAUGGAGGAGGCCGGUGUGGACGUGCUGGAGGAGGGCGGGCGUUGGAACCCGUCGGUGUCGGACUCGUACCGCCCGGCGGGGCUCCCGCGGCCCAACGCCACGGUGCUGGAGGCGCAGGCGCGGGUGUGCACGGGGCCCGCACAGACGCGCCCGCUCGGGGAGGAGCAGGCCAUGCGCGUCCUCGACACUAUCCUCCGCUCCGCGAUGGGAGAACUCAAAGAGGAGCCAGUCUCUAGAGCACAGUUAGGUGCGUUCUUUGCAGGCAUGACAAUAAGAGCUAACUCAUUUCCAGAGGCCACGCAGUGGAGCGAGGGCGAGCGACGCGCCAUGAGCAUAUUUUGGCCACGCCUUGUACAAGUCCUUCCUCCUGAGGUGAAGUUUAUAGCAGACCCUGAAGGGACGAUCAUGGGUGCAAAUGGUUUAACAGGGCCUCGGUAUGUUGGCCAAGGAACUGGAGAGAUGAGACUCGUCGGUGCUCUGAGGGAAGUGCUUGCUGGUGGUCAUUUAGGUUAUGAGGAGGUUCAAUGUGUACUAAAGGAUAUUCUACUAAUUGGAUCAAGUUCAGAUUUGACGGAGGUUAGUGAAGCACUGCUAGCGGCAUUUUUGAUUGGACAGCGGAUGAAUAGAGAAACUGAUCGUGAGCUCAAAGCGUAUUGCCUAGCCUUUGAUGAUGAACUAGAUCCUCCACCGGUUGCUGACGUCAAGUCCUUGACACACUAUGGUGAACCAUAUGAUGGCAAUACGCGGUUUUUUAGGAGUACUCUAUUUGUUGCAGCGGUUCGAGCCUGCUAUGGUGAAUCGUGCCUCCUCCAUGGUGUUGAAUGGAUGCCACCCAAGGGUGGAAUAACAGAAGGACAAAUGCUUAAAUUCAUGGGCGCAAACAUACACUUAUCUCCAACACAGGCCAAGAUACUGUUGGAGGAUGAAACCGCUGGUUUUGCAUACUUGAAUCUUCAGGAAGCUUGUCCACCAUUAUAUUCGAUUAUUGGGCUCAGGGAGCAUAUUAAGAAACGUCCACCAUUGGCUACCUCUGAGAAAGUUCAACAAUUUGUGAGGGCACGGGGGAGAGAAUCAAUGGUUGCAGGAUUUUAUCAUGAAGGCUAUGAAGAUCCAUUGCUUAUGCUGAUGAGAAGGAGAACUAUUCAUGCUGGACUAGUUGUAAAGGGUGAGGAAGGUGCACUUUCAAUGACAACCAAGGAAAGAUCAGCUUAUGCAUCAAAAGGACUUCCUGUUAACCACUGUUCAGGGUUUCGGACACCAAACAGCAUAAAUUCCUCUGAGACUGAUGGUAUUUCUAGAGAAAGCUUCAGGGUCAUUGUGAAUGCCCAGGAACUUGGUUUUGAAUCCACCGAAACUCCAAGAACUGAUAGAUCAAUUCUAAAGAACUUGGAGCUUGGUCUGGCAGCACUAGGCGGCGAGAAAGGAGCAGCCUAUGACCGAAUAGUUCUUAAUGCAGCUAUGGCUGACCACUUGCUAGGCUGCAGCGGAGCCGAGGACAUCGACACUGCACUUGACCGGGCGAGGGAAGCCAUUGAUAGCGGUGAAGCUCUGAGAAGGCUCAUGAGUUACAUAAAGAUCUCGCACAGAGUGUCCUAG